UUGAGUGCUUAUUAGAAUUCAACUCGCACUGUGAAAUUGGUAAUGCAGCAUUCUUUUCAUUCAUGACAACUUUCGGAGAAUGAAGCACAUUAAAUUCAAAUGUUUUCACGGCAUUCCCUCAAAGCUUGAAGUGGGUGUUGUCUUGUUUCCCACUGUUGCUAAAUGUUUCCACUUGCGUGAGAAAAAAACUUUCAGGAUUUACUGUGCGGUUGAUGUUGCCCAGUUGUGUUUCUGUUUUCUCUGUUACACCCUGUGCCUUUUGUACCUUGAAUGCUUUGGGCAUGCAAUGCAGGAAUCUCAAGAUCUUUUUGUUUAGGAAGACGUAAACAGUCCUGUGCAGAGCAGCCUGACCAUAGGACACAAUGAGGGGGAUUUAUGUCGUCUUGCUGUGUUUCUUUUUUUUCUCCUGUGCCUCAACUAAGAAGAUGCGCUGGUGCACAGUGUCCCAUCCUGAACAGAGGAAGUGUGCGGAGUUGGCUAAAGCCUUGGUGGCUGUGUUGCCUCCAGCCUCUGUCAAUGCUUUUGCCAGACUUUCUUGCAUCCAUGCAUCCAGCGUGACCGACUGCAUCAACAGAGUCACGGCCAACCGUGCAGACUUGGUGACUCUCGACGCAGGAGAUGUUUACUCUGCGCUAAAGGAAUUUGACCUCACAGCUGUCGCCAAGGAGAUAUACAGCGAUGGUAAUUUUAUGCUACUUUUUGGGACGUUUCCUCAUCGUACAACCAUUUGGUCCGGUUUUGAUGUCUUGUGGCUCGCAGGAAGCUGUGUUUUGUCUGUGGCAGUGGUGAGAAACGGCAGCUUGGCCAUGAGGUCCCUGCGCGGUCUCAGGAGCUGUCACAGUGGGCUCCGAUGGACGGCAGGGUGGAGUCUUCCACUUGGGUUCCUGCUGUCCCGCAACUACUUGAGCUGGUCAAAGGAAAGGCCACUAACACAGGAGGUAAGCAGUUUUUUCAAUGCCAGCUGUGUUCCCGGAUCUGCGGCCAUGGCGCCACAUCUGUGCGCUUUGUGCCAAGGCCAAAAGUCCUACAUACGGCAAAAGAACUAUCACUGUGAGACAUCGCACAGCGAACCCUUCUACAACAGCCACGGUGCCCUCAGAUGUCUCAGCAGCGGUGCAGGGGAUGUUGCAUUUGUGGACCAUGUAGCACUUGAAACUAUUGAAAACAGUGAGAGGGACAAUUUGAGAUUACUGUGCACAGAUGGCACACAAGCUCCACUCAGCCACUACAACGCAUGCCAUCUGGGCCGCGGUCCAGGAGCGGCCGUGGUCACCCGAAUGAGCGUUCGCAAGGUGGCCCGCAAAUUUCUGCAUACGCUGCAGAUGCUGUUUGGUCAUAAAGGCCGAGAGAGGCAUCGCUUCCAACUCUUCAAUUCAUCCCCUUUUGGGGAAAGGGAUCUUCUUUUCAAAGAUGCCACAGCCGAACUUGCUGCUCUGCCAGAUGGCGCUGACGUCAAUCAGGUGUUAGGACUGGGUUAUGUUGCGCUGCUCAAAAGUCUUGGACAUGAAGGAAGCACACUGGAGGACAGUGUUGUGCGGUGGUGCUGCAUCAGCCACAAAGAGCAGAUCAAAUGUGAGCAAUGGGCUCUGAGUAUACAGUCAGACCCGCUGGUGUGUGUGAGAGCGGCCUCCAUGCGCCACUGCGUGGAGAAAAUUAAGAGGGAUGAAGUGGACGCCGUCUCUCUUGAUGCAACCCAUGUCUUCAUUGCAGGAAAAUGUGGCCUCGUCCCAGUAGUAACUGAAUAUUAUGCUGAAGAAUGUGUGGCACCUGAGGUAUCGGCCGAGGGAAACGUACACGUGUUGCCCUCAGUUGUGGGGGUGGCAGUAUCAAAGCGGUCCAGCAGGAGCGUCGCCAUGGGCAACCUUGCCGGUCGUCGUUCCUGUCACGGUCACAUGUACAGCCCCGCAGGGUGGCUGCUGCCGCACGCGCACACACUCAGCCGGGAGCUCAACAGCAGCAGCGCAACUUGUGAUCCAAACCAAGUGUACAGCGACGUGUUUUGGAAAGGAUGUCUUCCCGGUUCGGAGGGGAAUCUGUGUAAAGUGUGUCUGGGAGGCACAGGGGAGGCUACAACCAAACGCUGCACUGAUAACCACAAUGAGCGUUACUAUGGCAACAUGGGAGCUUUGAGGUGUCUGGUCGGGGAUCCCGGUGGCAAAAAUUACGGCGACGUAGCCUUUCUUGAGCAGCAUAACCUGAAAGACAAUAUUCUCCGUUUGGCUUCCUCAGGUUGGGCAGAAGGUUGGACCUCAUCAGACUUCGAGCUGUUGUGUGGUGACGGCCGUCGGGUCCCAUUGUCUGAGUGGGAGGGCUGUAAUCUUGGAGUCAUCCCGCCUAACACAGUCAUGACUCGGCCGGUGCUCACGGGGCGAGUUCGCGACUUCCUCAUGAAGUCUCAAGAAAUGCUGGGGGCCAAUGCAAGCUCUCAGUUUAAGCUCUUUGAGUCUCAUCACUAUGGCGAAAGUGAUCUGCUGUUCAAAGAUGCGGCACGGUGUUUUGUCCGCACAAGCCACAUGGAUUGCCGCUCCAUCCUGGGUGAGGAGUUUUACAACCGCGUGGAAGCUGCUUUCAACUGCACCCAAUCUGCAGACAUCUUGCAGUUCUGCAGUCAGGAUAUGUGCAGUCCAGUCUAAUGGACACUGAGAAUCAAUCAAAUAUGUUUUUAUCAACCUAUUUCUUUUGUGAAGUACUUCAGUGAAAGCCCAAGUCAGAAGGUACAACAAAUGACAGGUAAUGUUUCAAUCUGGGCCCCGGAUGUACUGAACCCUGCCUCUCUGCUACAGUCAGCUGGGAUAGGAUCCAGCACACUGGCUAACACUAAUAAAGAUAAUUGCUAUAUGAAUGGAUCAGGUUAAUUUCUAUACAACAUAUUUUCUUCUAUUUGAGAAAAGUUGUACUAUAUUUACAAUCUGGAUGAGGGAUUUUGCCCAUAUGAUGACCGUAAGUGAAACAACACAAAUAACAAUAAAUGUACCGUAUGCUGCACGUGCCAGUUACAGUAAAUUACAUAUUUAGGAAUGCGACGAUGAACCGGUUCUGCCUUGUCU